UUGAGUUGAGCUGAAAGAUGGUAGCUAUGAUGGGUUGGGGUGGUGUGUCAGAACAAGGAUGGAGGAAAGGUUCUUGGACUCGUGAGGAGGAUAAGCUGCUCAGUGAAUAUGUCAGCUUACAUGGAGAGGGAAGAUGGAGUUCUGUGGCUAGGUGUACAGGUUUGAACAGGAGCGGGAAAAGUUGCAGACUCAGAUGGGUAAAUUAUCUGAGGCCAGGACUAAAGAGAGGGCAUAUAACACCUCAGGAGGAAGACAUCAUCGUUGAAUUGCAUGCUUUAUGGGGUAACAAAUGGUCUACCAUUGCAAGAUACUUGCCAGGGAGAACAGACAAUGAGGUAAAGAACUUCUGGAGAACCCAUUUCAGAAGGAAAGAGCAAUGCACUCAGAAGCAAGAGAAAAGAAAAGCUCAGAUUCUUGAAGCAAAACAACAACAAUUAGAGGAAGAUCAAAACAUGAAAACAAGAGCCACACCGCCACCACAUCAAGAUUUGGAAGCCUGCAGCCAAAGAAUAGUAAACAAUAUGAAUAAUACUGAUAUCCAUAAAACACAAGCAACAAGGCCAGAAAAUAUGGAGGAAGACAAAUAUUGCUUGCCUAAGUUGAUGCACCAAGCAAGUGUGGAAUUUUGGUCAGAUUUAUUAGGAGAAGAAGGGUUUUACAUGGGCAAGCUCUGGAACUUAGACGACGUAAAUGGUCGAAUGGAUCCGCAGCAACACACAAGCUUAAACCAGUGCAACAGAGUAGCCAUGCAGAUCAACAAUCAAGGAAAUACUGCAGCAGCUUUAUCUUCUGGAGGGGAAUUGAGCAAUAUAUCAAUGCAGAAUUGAAGUGAAACCAAAUCACCUGCUUUA